AUGAAGCAAAACGCGACCAUGGCCCUGGUCUGGCAAUCUCACAGAGCCUGGGCCUGUCGCACGAAUCCUACGAAGCCCCCCCCCCCCCCUUCGAACUGGUCAGAUUGGCACCAUUGGACAUUGCGUCUUGGGGUCUGGGGCUCAGGCCAUCAAUCUAUCUGUUGUUCGAGCAGAAAACGUUCAGAGAAUGACGGGCGGGAUGGUAGAACCCCCGACACCGGGUCACUCUCGGCGAGCCGUCGUGCCGGACGUUCAUGUAUCACUGCCAGACCUCAUCCCGUACUUCACUGUUCCCGUCAUCCGAUGAACCUAGCGUUCUGCCGCGUUGCUCCGUCUCCGCAUUCCCACGUCGCAGGAUGGUUGCGCAAGUGCCUCACCAUGCUUAGCACUUCGAUCCUCUGUCCACAUCAAAACGGUACCUGUACUGGCGAGCUUGGAACUUCGAGUCCCGUUCAAAAUCGAGCGUUCCACGAGCUCAGUUAG